AUGGGAGGUGUUUCCUCAGCCCUUGAUCCAGCUAGGGGAAGAGGAGCCGUCUCUGUUCCCGAUGGAUAUACCACACCUUCUUUCCCAUCGCUUUAUCUCCCAACUCUGCACGAUACGAAGAAUCAGAGAGGUAUUUUCCUAUAUGAAGCCGAGGCAAUAUGGCAUUUCACCCUAUACUGGACUUUGCUUCUGCUCGGCUCAUUAUUCCUAAUAUGUUCAAUAUACGCGUCCCUCACCAUUUUCAUCAACAUAACCACCUAUCGUGAUAAUCAGUCUGAUCGCAAUCGAAAUAAUCCGUCGUUGAACAAAAAGAAGAUAGCAAGGAAACGAAGUAAGAAACCACCUUUAUGGCCUAUAUUCAUCUUACCCGUUAUAUCAGUUGUGAUUGCCUCUGGGAUAAGCUUGAUAUCAGCUACGGUAGUCGGAUUUGCACUUGCUGCGAUUUAUUCGGCUGGAGGAUUCAGUAUGUCUACAUGGGUUCCAUUUCUUUGGGCAUUGAUACAAGUUCUUGUCCUUCUAAUAUCGAGUUAUUCCACCCUGACUUCAAUCCUAUAA